GACGCGGGCGCGCCCGGAAGUCUGUCCCGGCGGCACCGGAAGCAGGAAGCGCCCGCUUCUCGUGCUCCAGAGCGGCGAGGAAGGCGCUGGUUUCCUCGGCAGGUGCCGUCCCCGCAAAGAGGCGGCCCGAGGCGCCGAAGCCCCUCCGGGCUGACUUCCUCCCAACAAGAGCACACCAGGCGGCUGUCGACUCUCCUCCACCCACCACCCACCCCCGCAGCUCUUUCAGAAUUGUGAAUGUGCCACAGAGUCAAAUCAGCGCUGGAUCCACGGCCCUUCUACUCGGAUCACCUUGGAGACUCCUGGAAACAGCCUUCGAGAGCGUGGCCUCACUCUGCAAAAGACCCCUGGCAUCGUACGCGCCCCCAGCCGAGCGACGGCUCCCCGGCCCUGACGGACCAACAUGUCUCAAGCCACCAAACGCAAACACGUGGUGAAGGAAGUCCUGGAGGAUUACGUGAUUCCCUCGGAGAGGCAACAGAUCGUCCGGGUACUGGGGACCCCAGGCAACAACCUCCAUGAGGUGGAGACCCCCGAGGGGACGCGUUUCCUUGCAAGCAUGCCCACCAAGUUCCGGAAGAACAUCUGGAUCAAGAGAGGUGACUUUGUGCUGGUUGAUCCCAUCGAAGAAGGGGAGAAGGUCAAAGCGGAGAUCAGCUUUGUGCUUUACAAGGACCACGUGCGCUAUUUGAAAAAGGAAGGCUACUGGCCUGAAGCUUUCUUAGAGGAAGGGGCUGGAACUCAUGGCGGCCGUCCUAAGGAGAGCCGGGAAGAAGGGCAACAAAGCCCGCCACGUUCCACAGGGGAAGAGGACUCCGAGGACGACGCUGACUUGUUUGUGAACACCAACCGAGCCGGUUACGAGUAUACGGAGAGCCAGGACAGCAGCGGCUCAGAGGAGGAGGAAGAGGAGGAGGAGGAGGAAGAGGAGGAGAAGUAGCUCAGAGGUGGCGAAGGAGGUUGUCCUCUCCUCAGCCUCGGGCCUCCUCCUUUCAUCAGCUUUUUUUGGGGGCCUCG